GGCACUAAGCAGUUGGAACCUGGAAGGGCUGUAAGGCUACGCUAUCUUCGUACACGUAUUCUUCAUCGAACCUGGAAGCCGACGCUAUCUUCUUACACGUCCUCUUCUUCUGCAUCUUCGGCAUCUUCUACCCUUAGCCAUCUCUCCCGCUGUGAUUCCAGGCGCUCAAACACAAGCAGUCAUGGGCAGGAUGAGAUCUUUCAAAAAUGAGUACACAUUCGAGGAACGAUCUAAAGAAUCAGGAGAUAUUCUUACCAAAUAUCCCGAUCGAGUGCCCGUAGUAGUUGAAAAAUAUUCAAGGACUGACCUUCCUGAAAUGGAAAAGAAAAAAUUCCUGGUCCCGCGAGAUAUGUCUAUCGGGCAAUUCAUACACAUUUUAAGCAGUAGGCUCCAUCUGACUCCUGGAAAAGCUCUUUUUGUGUUUGUGAAAAAUACAUUACCUCAAACGGGUAGUCUCAUGGAUUCUGUUUAUCAAUCUUUCAAGGCUGAAGAUGGGUUUCUAUACAUGUGUUACAGUAGUGAGAAAACCUUUGGUUAAAUCACCUAGAGAAAUGUGUAUAUCAAGCAUAAACUUGGGCAUUGUACAUUGUUGUAAAGUCCAUGUGAUCCCCUUAUCUCAAUGCAGAACUUUCCAACUUGAUGUUUAUAUUUAAUUGUAAUUAAAUAAAGUCAUCUGUGCAAAUCCUAUAAA